AUGCAACGCUACCAGUCCGUUCCUAUCCUCUGGUACCUCUUUACCCUCUCCAUCGCCUUCACCUCGGGAACGGUCCUUUGCGUUCGCGGUAAUACGACGUUGAAAUUCACCUCGUACCUUGUUGGAGUCAUUCUCGGCGGUUUUCUUUCCCCCGUCGUUGGCGUGCUCAAGGCUAGGACCGGCGGGACAUGCUACAUCGGUCCCAUCGCAAAGAUGGUCUUUGGGGCAAUCCUCCAGCCAGGUCACCCGCUCGCGACUGCCUACUUUUCGGCAACAUGCACCGCCGUCAUGAGCCAGUGCCUUGUCCUUGCCUCACAUUUCAAAAUGGGCGCCUAUCUGCGUGUCCCACCGCGAGUCGUCUUUACUGCUAUCCUCUUUGGGAUAGCCAUUUCUGCCGCCAUCGAGCUCCCAAUUAUGUUCGCGAUUGUUAGCAGACAGCGAGAGACGCUGUUGUCCGACACUGGGACGUUGAUGUGGUCCGGCAUUCAAUUUCAGCUUGUGAACCAAGAAGCCUUUUCUUGGUCCCUCACCAGGAAAACAUACGGUCCCGAUGGGUACUUCUUUGUGCCAAUGGGCUUCUUGAUCGGUAUCGGUCUCUCUGCGGCCUGGUUUCUCCUCACCAAGGUUGUUCCUCGCAUCGGCAGCUUCGAUCUUACAAAGGACUUCCACAUGUCCAUUCUCAUAUUUGAGACAGGGUAUCCCAUCAGUCACCACACAAACGGUCUCUUCACGCGUGUGCUCGUCGGUGCUUUUUCGUGUCUCUACCUCAAGCUCCGACACGCUCGCUUCUACCAUCGCCAACUCCCCGUUAUUGGUGCUGCGCUGGAUGGCGGUGUUGCCUUUAUGGUCCUGCUCGUUUCCCUGGCCUUUGGCGGUAUGCUCUCCCGGAAUGCAGUCAAGUUCCCAACCUGGCCGGGAAAUCCAAGCAAGAAGUCUGGCGUCUUUCCCGAUCAUUGUCCAAUCACGGGGUCGGCCGGGGGCCCCGAGUAG